AUGGCCGUCCUCACCGACGAACUGUACGGCAAUCCGAACUCCCGGGCGGCUCUUUCCCUGCUCGCCUACUGCCACUACACACUGCAGGACUUCAACGGGGCGUUGCAGUGCUACGAGCAGCUGAUCACGCUGUAUCCCGAACAGCGGAGCUACCUGCUCAACUACGCCAAGUGCCUCUUCCAGACGGGCGACUACGAGAAGGCGCUCAAGACGGCCGUUAGAUACGCGGAAAAGUUCAACACCAACAACAACAACAACAACAACGGCUCCUCGACCAACGGUAACAACAACAGCAACAACCACGCUGGAGAAGGCGCUUCAGUUGCGGAGAACAACUCCCUCCUCGGUGACCAGGCAAAGAAAUCAGCGGCACUCAGAAAGAGCCGCGAGGCGGACCACUACGACGACUUUGCCGCCGCGGAGCUGAUCAAGCUGCAGGCGGCAAUCAAGUACGCCCAGGAGGAGGAGCCCACGCUGGCGGCCCGCGCCCUGCUGGAGCAGAUGCCCACCGAUGGCCAGGCAAGCGGCGGCAGCCACAGCAGUGGGAUGCACCUGGUGGACCGGGAGGCGAAUCUGGGCUGCCUCCUCUACAAGGAGAAGCGCUACGAGGAGGCAAUUGAGAAGUUCAACAGCUGCCUUCAGGCAACGAAUCGCAAACCGGACCUGCUCUACAACCUCGCCGUCAGCUACUACCAGCUGAGGCGGUACGGCGAGGCGGCCGCCUACAUCGGCGAGAUCAUCGAACAGGGCAUCGAGGAGCACCCGGAGCUGGCGGUGGGCGCCAACACCGAGGGCGGCAUCGAGGUGCGCAGCGUCGGCAACACCGAGACGCUGCACGAGUCGGCGCUGGUGGAGGCCUUUAACCUGCGGGCGGCCAUCGAGUACCAGCUGAAGAACCUGGAGGCGGCGCGGGAGGCGCUGACGGACAUGCCGCCCCGGGCGGAGGAGGAGCUGGACGCGGUGACGCUGCACAACAUUGCCCUCCUCUCGAUGGACAGCAACCCGGUGGAGGGCUUUGAGAAGCUGCAGUUUCUCAUCGGCCAAGGGACGGGGACGGACCAGGGAGCCCAGGGCCCGGCCAAUGGGCCGCCGAACUUUCCCCCGGAGACCUUCGCCAAUCUGCUGCUGCUCUACUGCAAGCACGACUACUUCGAGCUGGCGGCCGACCUGAUGGCGGAGAACGCCACCUACACCUACCGCUACCUGUCCCCGUACCUCUACGAGUUCCUCGACGCGCUCAUCACCCAGCAGACGUCGCCCGAGGAGGCCUAUCAGCGCUUCGACGAGCUGGCCGCCCGCCACACCGACGCCCUGCGGCGGCAGGCGAAGCAGAUCGCCGAGGCGCGGGCGAAUCGGCAGCGAGAGACGCUGAAGCGGCUGACGGCCGCCCACGAGGAGACGCUGGCCCUCUACAUUCCCGUGCUGAUGGCGCAGGCGAAGAUCUACUGGGAGCUGGAGGCGUACGCCAACGUCGAGAAGGUCUUCCGCAAGUCGGCGGAGUUCUGCAACGACCUCGACCUGUGGAAGCUCAACGUCGCCCACGUUCUCUUCAUGCAGGAGAACAAGUUCAAGGAGGCGACCGGCUUCUACGAGCAGCUGGUGCGGCGCAGCUACGACCGCAUCCUCAACGUCAGCGCCAUCGUCCUCGCCAACCUCUGCGUCAGCUACAUCAUGACCGGGCAGAAUGAGGACGCCGAGGAGCUGAUGCGGAAGAUCGAGAAGGAGGAGGAGGAGGCGCUGCUGGGGGCGGUGGCCGACGCCGGAGAGCAGAAGAAGGUCUUCCACCUGUGCAUCGUCAACCUGGUGAUCGGGACGCUGUACUGCAGCAAGGGCAACUACGAGUUCGGCAUCAGCCGGGUGAUCAAGAGCCUGGACCCGUUUCCCAAGAAGCUCGGCACGGACACCUGGUUCUACGCGAAGCGCUGCUUCCUCGCCAUGCUCGAGGCGAUGGCCCGCCAGGUGAUGGUGGUGCGGGACGGCGUCCUCGAGGAGUGCCUCGCCUUCCUCACCAGCGCCGAGGUGCACGGGCGCAAUGUGAAGGCGGUGGUGGAGGCGCCGCUGGAGCUGGAGACGCUCCACCCGGGCCGGAACACCGUCACCUACGAGGCGCGGCUGCUGAAGGCGCUCCUCCUCGAGCUGAUGGACGGCUGA